AAGCGAAGUAACAACCUAACAACCGAGAAUAAUAAUUAUGGAGCCGAGAUUCCUGUCGCCAAAAUAGAUAUAAUAUCACCUAUUGAUAAUUCGUCGCUUGCGGAGCUUGAGAAUUUUAUAGACGAUUCAUGUUGUAAUAUUAUGAACUCCCGACACAGUGAAGUAACGAAGGGACUGUAG